GCCGGAGACGAGCCCGAGCCGUGCGGAGCCCCGCGGUGCUGGCUGCCCGCGGCCCCUGACCCACCGGACUGAGCGCCGGCGCGCCCCCGCCGGUUCGGCAAGAUGUCGGUGAAGGAGGGGGCGCAGCGCAAGUGGGCGGCGCUCAAGGAGAAGCUGGGGCCGCAGGAUGCGGACCCCACCGAGGCCAACCUGGAGAACGCCGACCCCGAGCUGUGCAUCCGGCUGCUCCAGAUGCCCUCCGUGGUCAACUACUCUGGCCUGCGCAAGCGCCUGGAGAGCAGCGACGGCGGCUGGAUGGUGCAGUUCCUCGAGCAGAGCGGCCUGGACCUGCUGCUCGAGGCCCUGGCGCGCCUGUCCGGCCGCGGUGUGGCCCGCAUCUCCGACGCCCUGCUGCAGCUCACCUGCAUCAGCUGCGUGCGUGCCGUCAUGAACUCGCAGCAGGGCAUCCAGUACAUCCUCAGCAACCAGGCCUACGUGCGCCAGCUCUCCCUGGCUCUGGACACAUCCAACGUGAUGGUCAAGAAGCAGGUGUUUGAGCUGCUGGCCGCCCUGUGCAUCUACUCGCCUGAGGGCCACACCCUGGCUCUGGACGCCCUGGACCACUACAAGACGGUGUGCAGCCGCCAGUACCGCUUCAGCGUCAUCAUGAGUGAGCUCUCCGACAGCAGCAACGUGCCGUACGUGGUCACUCUGCUCAGCGUGAUUAACGCCAUCAUCCUGGGCCCCGAGGACCUCCGCACCCGCACCCAGCUGCGCAGCGAGUUCAUCGGGCUGCAGCUGCUGGACAUUCUGACGCGGCUGCGAGAUCUGGAAGACGCCGACCUGCUGAUCCAGCUCGAGGCCUUCGAGGAGGCCAAGGCCGAGGACGAGGAGGAGCUGCUACGUGUCUGCGGCGGCAUCGACAUGAACAGCCACCAGGAGGUCUUUGCCUCCCUGUUCCACAAGGUGAGCUGCUCCCCUGCGUCCGCACACCUGCUCUCCGUGCUGCAGGGCCUCCUGCACCUGGAGCCCACCCUCCGCUCUAGCCAGCUGCUCUGGGAGGCUCUGGAGAGCCUGGUGAACCGGGCUGUGCUCCUGGCCAGUGAUGCCCAGGAAUGCACGCUGGAGGAGAUGGUCCAGCGGCUCCUGUCCGUCAAGGGGCGGCCCCGCCCAAGCUCCCUGGACAAGGCCCACAAGAGCGUCCAGGCUGACCUAGGCCUGAGUCAGAGGGGCAGCUCCCCGCAAAACACUGGUGCCGCAAAGGCGGGGAUGGAGGACCAGCAGCCAGCGGAGGCCCUCACUAGCCUGCACGCUGUCAGUGCCCAGAGCACCAGCGCCGUGAUGGCUCCACAGCCCACAGCCCUGGAGCAGCCAGCGCCCACCCCCCUCCCGCUUGCACCCCCCCUCCCCAGCUCCACCGCUGGGCCCCCUCCUCCCCCACCACCCCUACCACCCCCCUCGCCAGGCCAGGCUGUGUUCCCCUCACCCCCUCCACCACCCCCACCACCCCCCCUGCCAGGCCAGGCCGUGUUCCCCUCACCCCCUCCACCACCCCCACCACCCCCCCUGCCAGGCUCAACCAUGUGUCCUCUACCCCCUCCACCACCCCCACUGCCUGACUCUAGUGGGACCCUACCGCCCCCACCCCCACCACUGCCUGGCAUGGGGUGCCCACCCCCACCCCCACCCCUACCUGGCACCUCCGGCCCCACUGUAGUGGAUGGCGUGGAGGAGGUCAUCGUGGCUCAGGUGGAUCACGGCCUGGGCUCCGCCUGGGUCCCAAGCCACCGGCGGGUGAACCCGCCCACACUGCGCAUGAAGAAGCUGAACUGGCAGAAGCUGCCAUCCAACGUGGCGAGGGAACGCAGCUCCAUGUGGUCCUCGCUGAGCAGCCCGGGCGCCGAGGUGGUGGAGCCCGACUUCUCCAGCAUCGAGCGGCUAUUCUCCUUCCCCGUGGCCAAGCCCAAGGAGCCAGCAGUGGCCCAGACCAGGAAGGAGCCCAAGGAGAUCACUUUUCUGGACUCCAAGAAGAGCCUAAGCCUCAACAUCUUCCUGAAGCAGUUUAAAUGCUCCAAUGAGGAGGUCACCGCUAUGAUUCGGGCGGGGGACACCACCAAGUUUGACGUGGAGGUGCUCAAACAGCUCCUCAAGCUCCUUCCUGAGAAGCAUGAGAUUGAAAACCUGCGCUCCUUCACGGAGGACCCAGGCAAGCUGGCCGUCGCUGACCAGUUCUACGUCCUCCUGCUGGACGUUCCCUGCUACCAGCUGCGGGUCGAGUGCAUGCUGCUGUGUGAGGGCACGGCCGUCGUGCUGGACAUGGUGCAGCCCAAGGCCCAGCUGGUGCUCGCCGCCUGCAAGAGCCUGCUCACCAGCCACCAGCUGCCCGUCUUCUGCCAGCUGAUCCUGAAAAUCGGAAACUUCCUCAACUACGGCAGCCACACAGGUGACGCCGACGGCUUCAAGAUCAGCACGCUGCUGAAGCUCACGGAGACCAAGUCCCAGCAGAGCCGCGUGACGCUGCUGCACCACGUGCUGGAGGAGGUGGAGAAGAGCCACCCGGACCUCCUGCAGCUGCCCCGGGACCUGGAGCAGCCCUCCCAGGCGGCAGGGAUCAACCUGGAGAUCAUCCAUUCGGAGUCCAGCACCAACCUGAAGAAGCUUCUGGAGAUGGAGAGGAAGGUGUCCUCCUCCAUCCCGGAGGUGCAGGAGCAGUACGCCCAGCGCCUCCAGGCCAGCAUCGCGGGCUCCCAGGCGCUGGAGGAGGUGUUCCAGGCCAUCGAGCAGAAGAAGCUGGAGCUGGCUGACUACCUGUGCGAGGACGCCCAGCAGCUCUCGCUGGAGGACACGUUCAGCACCAUGAAGACCUUCCGGGACCUCUUCCUCCGCGCCCUGAAGGAGAACAAGGACCGGAAGGAGCAGGCGGCGAAGGCCGAGAGGAGGAAACAGCAGCUGGCAGAGGAGGAGGCGCGCAGGCCACGGAACGAGGACGGGAAGCCUGUCAGGAAGGGAGGCAGGAAGCAGGAGGAGGUGUGUGUCAUCGAUGCCCUGCUGGCCGACAUCAGGAAGGGCUUCCAGCUGCGGAAGACGGCCCGCGGCCGAGGGGACGCAGACGGGGGCAGCAAGGCGGCCGCUGCAGAGCCCCCGAGGGACAGGGCGCCUGUGGCCACCAGUGACCCCACGGGAGGUCCCAAGGCAGGCACCAGCUGCCCAGCCUCUGAGCCCAGUGUUGACACUCUAGUGGCCACAGAGCCCCGAGGCUGGGACCUUAUGGAUGCUACCGCCCCCAGCCCGCCCCCCGCCGAAGAUCCAUCAGAGGAGGGCGGCCCGGGUCCGCUGGAGAGGCGGUCUUCCUGGUACAUCGAUGCCUGUGACUUCCUGGCCAUGGAGGACUCCCAGAGCCCCCAGCCCUCUGCAGAGGCCUGCUCAGUGGGGCUGGGAGACACUCGAGCCCUGAAGCCCCUCCAGUUCUCCAGUGACAAGCCCCCCGGGGCCAUGGGUUCCAGCCAAGACACUGAGGAACCCACAGCCCCGAGGGGCGCCCACCAGGCUGAGGCCGACAGCACAGGCGAGGGGCCAGAGGACGCAGCUGCCCAUGGCUGUGAUGCCAGCUUCCCCGCCACAGUGCCCGGUGAGGAUGGGGACGGGGACGAGGAGGACACAGCCCCAGAUUCCGCACUGGACACAUCCCUGGACAAGUCCUUCUCGGAGGACACAGUGACCGACUCCUCGGGAUCUGGCACCCUCCCCAGGGCCCGGGGCCGGGCCUCGAAGGGACCAGGCAAGAGGAGGAAGCAGCGGUCCAGGAGGAGCCAGGAAGAGGUUGCCCCAGACACUGACGAUAAUAAAACAAAAAGGUUCUGUGUGAUCCAGUAAGCCCAACAGGACGUUUGCGAUGAGAUCGUAAUGAACACCACCUACGCUUCACCCUGAAAUGGCAAGAAUUUGCAAAAAAUAGCAAAAUUGUUAACAUCUGCUGCAUUGCCCACCCCCCAUCUCCCCACUUUACUGGAUGAUUUGGAAGUCACUUAUAGACAUCGCGGCACUUGGCCCCUGAAUGUGUGCCCAGGGGCCUCCUAAGAACAAGGCCGUCCCCCCACACCCAGCACAUGUCGCAGCCCAGGCAGACAUGCCCAGCCGUCCCCGCCACACUAUUCGUAGUCAUUGCUUUGGGUUUUUGGAAAUGAGAUCCUACCCAGGACCACACAUCAACCCGUUUUUGUCUUGUGUAACAUCGUGGGGGACACCUUCACUUUGGGUGUGUCCCAUUGCCCUGUGGCUGGGUCCAGGUUGCCUUUGGGGCAGGCGUUCCACACCCGUGACACGUGUCCUCCCCAGAGCAUCGAGAGAGGGGUCCGGGGGCCCCUUUGUCCCGUGGUUGGUGACCCUGACGACCCCGUGGUUGAGGUGUGGUUGCAACAGCCCGGCUGCACAGUCUGCUCCGCUCAGCGGGCGGUGAUCGGCCCGUGGGGUGCCCCGAGCCACGGCUUGCGGUUUGCUUGGCAGUUGCAACACGGAGAUUUCCGUCCAUAGUUCCUUCCACGAGUUUCCCCUCUCCCCCCCUUUUUUAGUUGUCUCUCCAGCGUGUGGUGACCCAUUACCCUCAUCCGCUGUGAUGCCCCUGCAGCCACUGGGACGAGUGGGGCCACCACGCUGGCUCCUUUGUCCCCUUCAGUCCCUGAGGCUUCGUCUCUCUGGCACAGCCCGCCAUCCCGGCUCCCCCGCUGUUCGCCCCGGCCCCGCAGGGGGAGUGGCACUGAAGCCCCGCUGUGAGGGUCUUGGUGACUGCCCAUUUCUGCCCCACUUGUUUUUGUGCCCAAGACCCAUGGGGCCUGGGUCAGCGCCUGGCUCCGGGGUGGCCAUGGGGGCAGGGCAUUGGGGGACCAGCCGAGUGAGGGUCCCUGGACCAGAGAGCACAGCGGGCGUUGAGUGCGCAGUGGCCUGCAGGGCCACCUGGGGGCCGAGCAGGUGACAGGAGCCAUUGGGGCAAGGCCCUGGUGCCCUCAGGACCGAGCUGGAGAAAGACGAGGCAGGAGGAUUCUGCGCGAGGGGCCACUGGGAAGCGAUUGAGGGAGCUCCAGAGAGAAGCAGGGACCGUGGGGAUCAUAGACAAAGAACAGCCAGGUCUGAGACAGGGAGAGUGAGCCGCAGAGACCCAGCCUGGACAGGUGGGCAAGAGGCAGCCUCCUGGGGUCACCCCAGCACCUUCCACCUGCAUGAGCUUUGCUGCUCUGGAGAAAGGGCCUGGGGUCAGAGUGGCCCCGGGGACACACGGCACAGCCCAGUGGGCAGUGGUGAUGGAGGACAGCAGGGGCCUGGGGACCCAGAUGUGGGCACCCUGGUGCUGCCCCCAGCAAGGCUGUUCCUGACCACGUCAUCUCCUCUCCCUCCCCACAGGCCUCAGGCCCAAGCCCAAAGCCAAGUGAGAGAGCCCUCAGGCCGCCGGCCUCCGCGUGGCAGGGGCCCGCUGGACGUGUCCUCUGGGGCCAGGCUGGGACUGGGCCCCUGGGAAGCCAAAACUCCGUGCCUUACCCAGCCAGGGACGUGGGCCUCCCCAAGCCUUCUUGGGGCCUUGCGUCCGGGACCCCAGCAGACACCGGGGCCUAGCCAGCCUGGCACCCUCCUGGACCACCUGCACGCCCCUGGUCCCUCAUGGUCUGCUUCCUAAAUGCCGAUACCUGACCCCGGACUCGCAUGCACCACGGCGCCCGCCCACAGCGGGGACAGGUCGGGCAGCUGCGUCCCCUGGGGGUCCCUCCAAGCCUGCAGCCUGCUCUUCAGUGACCCACCCAGCACCCAGAUUCUUCUGGGCAGAGCCCCUCACAGACCCCUCUGCCUGAAGCCAUGGGAGCUUGGCUGAGGUGGAGCCCCCGCUGCCCCAUUAACGGAGCCCAGCCGCUGCUCCCCAGCCCUGCUUCCCAACCUGCUCAGCUGGGCUGGAGCGGAGAGUGGUUUUAACCAAAUAUGACUGUUUAUGCGUUUCUGCUGUUCUGUGGUGGCUGAGUUGGGGAUAGGAGGGUGGGUCAGAGGACGCCAGGGCCUUGGGUAGAGGCAGGCUGGCCGGCAGUGCCAUGGGCAUGCCAGGGUGCCCCUACUCAGUAGACGGAUGCGGGACCCCAUGGAGUUGGCCCCCAUCCCGGUACGCCCAGCCCUGAGAGUGGGGAGGUGUCUGCCCUGGCUGCCAUGAGGCCUGCCCACCCCGUUAACAGAACCCGCCCUGCAGCUUCUGCUCCCAACUCCAGAGGGGCCCGGCUUGCCUCCCGCUGGGCUGAGAGGAGGCCCUGGAGCCAGGCCUAGGAGACAGGAAGGGUCCAGCCAGAGGGGCUGCCACCUCUCACUGCCUCACCCAGCAAGGGGCUGCCUGCCAGAGUCCUCUGCCCCACCACCACCAGGUGUGUGCUGCCAAGGAGGAAGCUGGAAGGACUUGAACCAAUAAAGAUCAAAGCUCGCCCAGCA